AUGUCUCGUCCAUCCAAAAACAAGCGAAAAGUGGCCGCUGCAUCAAAGGCAAGAAGGAUAAAAAAAUGUCGUUUGGACAAUGAUAUCUUUAGUGAGAGUGAGUGCGGGUUCGAUGUUAAUGAAGAUGAUGGCCAAACUACUAGCGAAGUCCACAUAAAUGCUAUAACUAAGCUUAUGGAGGCAAGUAAAAUUUGGUUGAAAAAUAGGAGACCCUUAACAUAUACCAGUAAUUCAAGAACAACGAGAUGGCAACGCAAAAUCUCCUCCACUUAUGCAGCGUUACAUACACCAACCCUGGAAACUUUUUUAAAAAACAAUGAUAGAGAAGAAAUACCCACCAAUGUACUUUCCACUAUAGAGUUACCAGAAAAUUAUAAAAUUGAGAGUGAAGAAGACAUACAAGAAGAUAAUUCUUUAAAAGAAGAUAUUGAUAAACCAAGCUCUCCAGUUCUCAAAUUGCGCCUCCAAGCCAUGCUUCAAUAUCUUAAUCUUCUUGAUAAAAAAUGGACAAAGAUGAAAGCUACAAAGGCAGUAAGUGAUGCUCUUAGUCAAAAACCGCACUAUGCAAAAAAUCUUCAUGCUUGGACGAAUAACUAUAUUAAAUUUCACACAAUCCCGAUAACUAGACGUGGACUUCAUGUUAAAACUAUUACUUUCCUCUGGGAUGAGGAUAUUUUCGAAGUAUCUUCAAAAAUUUUAGCAAAAUAUAUUAAUGAUGAGAUUCUUCCUAGUCUUGGGUUUGAUCCGCCCCCAACGAUUCAUGAAAACACUGCACGUAAUUAUCUAAUAGCACUUGGCUAUGAAUUUUCUCGUGUAAAAAAGGGAGU